AUGCACGGGGGAAAUAUCUUUGUGUGUGUGUUUCUCUUUUUCCGACUUUUUCGGCUUUUCGCCUUGCGUGCAAACUUUUCUUCUCUCUCUCUUCUUCUUCUUUUAUGUUUUUCCAUCAUCACAAAAAACACCUCCCAAAAUCUCAUCUCAUCUUACAUCAUGUCCCUUUGGGUUGAUAAAUAUCGUCCAAUCGAACUGAAUCAGUGCGAGCACGUCAACGCGAGCGUCGCAAAUCACUUGAAAGAACUCGUCAAGGAUGGAGACUGUCCACACUUGUUGUUUUACGGUCCGUCGGGUUCUGGGAAGAAAUCGCUCGUCCUCGCGCUCUUGAGCACAAUCUUUGGCCCAGGCGCUCACAAGACAAAAGUCGAACAGAAAACGUGGAAAAUCGACGCGACGUCUACGAGAAAAAUUGAAGUCGAUUUAAUGACGCAAAGCUCAAAUUAUCACAUUGAAAUCAAUCCAUCGGAUGCAGGAUAUAAAGAUAGAUACGUCGUGCAAGAGGUUAUUAAAGAAAUGGCGCGCUCUCGACCGAUCGAUGCGCAAGGAAACGCAGGAUACAAAAUACUCGUACUCACCGAAUGCGAUAAACUUUCAAAAGAGGCGCAACACGGCUUGAGAAGAACCAUGGAGAAAUACUCAUCGGCGUGUAGAUUAAUUUUAAUUGCAGACUCAGUAAAUAGAGUAUUAGAGGCGGUGCGCAGUAGAUGUUUACCCGUCCGCGUUGCAGCUCCUCGAGCGGAAGAUAUUGAAAAGGUUUUAUACGACAUCGCUGCCAAGGAGAAAUUGACGCUCCCUCCACAGCUCUGUUCAAAAGUCGCCGUCUUUGCGAAACGCGAUUUGCGUCGGGCUAUUCUGGCACUGGAGGCGUGUAGAGUUGCUAAUUAUCCAUUCAAAGAAACGCAGUCCGUGCAAACGACGGAUUGGGAGUUGUACAUCGCCCAAAUUGCGGCUGAAAUUUUAGCCGAGCAAAGUCCGAAACGUCUUUUACAAGUCCGAGGUCGUAUUUACGAGCUUCUCGUGAAUUGUAUUCCGCCGACUUUGAUUUUCCAGACGCUUUGCUUUUAUUUAUCGAAGCGAUUAGACGAUGAGAUGAAGCACGAAGUCAUUCGUUGGGCCGCUCAAUUUGAACAUAAACUUCAGCUCGGCUCGAAAGCAAUCAUUCACAUAGAGGCGUUCAUCGCGCAAUUUAUGGCGACGUACAAGAGGAAGCUAAUUUCUGCGUUUGCAUAA